AUGCCGCAAGACAACUCCGGCAGGAUCUACUCGGCCACAUACAGCAAUGUGCCUGUCUACGAGUACAACGUCGAUGGCAACCAUGUCAUGCGCAGGCGCGCCGACGACUGGAUCAAUGCGACGCACAUCCUAAAGGUCGCCGACUUCGACAAGCCCGCCCGUACGCGCAUCCUCGAGCGCGAGGUCCAGAAGGGUGUGCACGAGAAGGUCCAGGGCGGUUAUGGCAAAUACCAAGGGACUUGGAUACCUCUACAUGACGGUCGCGUACUAGCUGAGCGCAACGGUGUGCUCGACAAACUGCGCCUCAUCUUCGACUAUGUGCCUGGAGACAGAAGCCCCCCUCCUGCGCCAAAACAUGCCACUGCCGCCUCGUCGAGGCCAAAAGGCUCCCGUCAAAGUGCUGCGCGGAGGGUGACUGCACUCCAAGCACCCAGUCAAUUGAGCGAAAUCUACGAUGAUGCUGCCAGCGCCCGGUACAUUGGUGAAGGAACUCCCGACAACGUGACGAUCAUAUCCGAACCCCUGAUGGACGAUGACUUUCCGUACUCGCAAAGUGGGCGGAAGCGCAAACGGGAUGAGGAUCAAUUAUCGAUCCAGGACCGCCAACACCAGCUUUGGGCAGAUGCUCUGUUAGACUACUUCAUGCUGCUGGAGUCUGAAGACCGCUUCCCAGCACCGCCUGAGCCGCCAGCAAACGUUAACCUUGAUCGCAUGAUAGACGAAAAAGGCCACUCGGCUAUGCAUUGGGCGGCGGCAAUGGGCGACGUGGAUGUAGUGAAAGAUCUGAUCCGACGAGGGGCUCGUAUCGACUCACUGUCGAAUAAUCUUGAGACGCCACUCAUGCGCGCCGUCAUGUUCACAAAUAACUACGACAAGAACACCAUGCCCGCUAUGAUUAAGAUUCUGCAGCCCACAGUUGUGCGUACCGACUGGUUCGGCAGCACGGUUUUUCAUCACAUCGCCGCAACUACCAGCAGCAAGAACAAGUACGUCUGUGCACGAUACUACUUGGAUUGCAUCAUCAACAAACUCUCCGAAACCUGGAUCCCAGAGGAGGUCACAAGGCUGCUAAAUGCCCAGGACAAGAAUGGCGAUACGGCCAUCAUGAUUGCCGCCCGCAAUGGCGCUCGCAAAUGCGUGCGUUCCCUUCUUGGCCGCAACGUCGCCGUCGACAUCCCCAACGCGCAAGGCGAGACAGCGGACGACCUAAUUCGCGAACUCAAUGCAAGGCGCCGAGACGGACGGCAUCGAGGCGCCUCCAGCUCGCCUUUUGCACCAGACGGCCGCAUCGGUCUAAACGGAACCACGACCUUCGGCAGCCUGCGCAACGGCCUAAGCGGGAUACCCGAAGUCGAGCGACCCACGCAACACCAAUACCGCAGCCAAACCGCCCAAACACUCAUGUCGAAAAUCGCGCCCACGCUGCUCGAGAAAUGCGAGAACCUCGCCUCGGCGUACGAGGCCGAGCUGGAGGAAAAAGAAGCAGAGGCCGCGGACGCUGAGCGGGUGGUAAGGAAACGGCAGGCCGAGGUCGAGGCGGUGCGCAAACAACUGCGCGAGAUUGGCGUCAAUGCAGACGAUAUAGCACUGAGCGGAGGCGGGGAAGGGCUGCUGGGGGGCGACAAGGACGCUGAAGCAGAUGAGGAAGACAGGCGGCAGGAGGCAGAGCUCGAAGCCGUGAUCAAAGAGGCCCAGGCGCUCGUGGAAAUGGAGCAGACGGCAGAGCUACGGCGCCUAAUCGCGGGCGAGGAGUCGCAGUACUCGCAGUCGCAAUCGCAGUCGCAAUCGCAGUCGCAGCCACAAUCGCAACCCGAUGGCGCCACGGGCAACAGCACAAUGGGCGCCAACGGCGCCGCCAACAGCGACGCAGGCAAUGAAGAAGUCACGCUCCGCGAGAAGCUCGCCCUGGCCCAAGCGCUGCGCGACGCGCAAGCCGCGCGCCAAGCCCUCGUGCGCGAAGUCGUGGCCAACCUCGCGGUCGCGGGCGUGGGCGAGCGCCAGACAGACUACAAACGUCUCAUCACGGGGGCGCUGGGCGUGCGCGAAGAGGACGUCGAGGGCAUGCUGCCUGAGAUAUUGGGGGAGCUGGAGGAGGCGCGCGAGCGCGAGGCGCUGGAGGCCGGGAGCCCGGGGGCUUGA